AAUAGUAAACCAGAGCUAUAAAAAGUGUUGGGCUUUCACCUUGUCUUCACUUAAAAGAAGCCUUCUGAAUCGAAGUAACCCAUAUCAAAAAUCGAGCCAUGCUUGCUUUUGGUAUCUGUCUCAUCUUUCUUUGCGUCUCUCCAGCCUUCAGCCAGAAUGGUUGUCCCGGGGGAUAUGAUCGGUUCGGUCGGAAAUGCAUCAAGUAUGUGUCGACUAACAGAAACUUUCAAGAUGCCCAAGCCGAUUGCCAAAGUGCCUCUGGUGGAAAACUGUUUGAACCAGUCUCCAAAGUGGACCAGGACUUAGUGUUGUACAAUCACAGGGCCUCGGCUGCCAGCUUUAUUGGGCUCCGGGUCUCUGGAUCAAAUGCCCAAUACUCCUCCAAUUCGAUGCAAGUUCCCUUCACGGACUACUUUCCUAACACCCCCAACAACCGUGGUAGUUGCGUGGUGGCCUUUGUUCCGCCCACCCGGAUUUACACCCAUAAGGCCUGGACUGAUGCCGAUUGCAACGGACUCCACCCGUACAUCUGUGAAGCCGGUCCAACCACUUGUGAAUCCGAUAACACUUUGUUCGUGGGAAACUUUGGCCCGGCCCAAACGCCUGAUCUGUGCAAGAUCAUCUGUAAAUUCAAUCCCACUUGUCAGUUCUUCAUCCGGCGAACAACGGAUGGGGCAUGUGGCUUGAGGGACUUCAACCCUACCAUCCGUGUCCAGAUCCCAACCUUGACCUCUGGACGCAAAGGGGAAGCCGCCACCAGUGGCCUUCUUUUGGCCAGGCAAGUGACAGCUAGCUCUCUGCAAGAUUGCCAGUCCCAAUGUUGUUCGGAUUCCCAAUGCACAAGUGCCAUCUACAAUAGGAAUAAUAUGCAAUGCGCUUUCAAUUAUGACCAAUUGGCGAGGAAGCUUCCUUUGCCCGCUAAUUCUGGAAUUGCCUCCAUCCCCCGGACUUGUCCUUGAAAGAAUGUCACGACACUGAAAUUUGGCAUAUAGCCGGUGGAUUUCAUACCCUGUUUCUGGCAUUGAAAAUAAAACAUUGAAUGUUAUGCACCAAAA